AUGGCGUACAGUAGUUCUAUUUGCGCAGCUGUAAUGAGUCUCGCUCCCGCAGACGAGCUGAGCCCCCGUAGCAGCUUCAUCGCCCUCGAGCUGCCAGAACCCCCCGACCCUCAUCCCGACCCUGAAGACUUGCCCGUGACACAACCCGAGUCAAAUCCAACCCUAACCCUAGCCGGGGACCCCACUCUGCAGUACAGCAACCCUCUGGGGUCGGCAUCGUCCAUAACCCUAGCCGGGGACCCGACUCUACGCUAUAGCAGGAGCAGCCCCUCUAGCGGGUUCAACAGCGGUUCGUUCGACCAGGUGGACGGGGUCGAUGUGAAUUCUGCACUCCUAGAAUUCAGGCAAGCCGAGGCCAAGAAAUUUCAGCGUUGUCAAUCAGGUUACAACAAAGGCUUCUACAGUCCAGUGUCUAACAAUAAUAUUUUGGAUGUUACUCAUCAUGAUACUCAGAUUACGUGCGAGGAGAUUACUUCGUGUCAUGAUACCGACAGCAGAGACUUGGGGUUUGUUGGUAGUUCAUCGACAAUCGAGUGUUUAGAAGACGGGGAACAAUUGCUGGGUACAAACUGCCCUGAAAAAGUACACAGCCGUAAAAAUGAUUCGUCUGAACUAGAGGACAACACACACGGUGUUCCAAAUGCGUGGGUGACAGCCUCGAAGUCCGAUAUCCAAACUGCGAGCGAGAAGCCAAGGAAAAACAUCGCGGAUAAAAACAAUCUCCGAAAAGCUAGUGUAUCAAAUUCAAGUCACAUACCGCCUCUCACCAAUAAAUGUUACAACGAAACUGGAAUAUCUAGCACCCGCAGGACGUUACUAGCCACCACCCUUUCUGUCGCCCGUGGCUGCGUUGGUGCCGAUAAAAUCGCCAAAAAUGAUAACCGAUUCACCGAUGACAAAAACUCAACAACCUAUUCGCAUACGAAGCUAGCUGGUGUUUCACAAAAUGAUGAUGCAUCAAUCGCGUCUCCUAAACUGGUACGAAAAACGUCUAAUGUAGAACUCCAAACCAAGCAUCGCCGUUCCGACAAGUGUGACAGCGAGAAGAAGAUAGACUCUGCUGUCAAGUCCACUCUCAAGUUCAUCAAGUACAAGAAAUACGUUCCCCCCAACGACAACCUCGAAGAGGAGGAAGAACUUGGGGACUUAGACGAAGACUACGCUUAUUGCGACAUCUCAGCGACUGAAAGUGCCAUUUUCGACUCGGUUUGUGACGAGACCGACCUGAAGUACAAGUCUUCCCGCCUCUACGCCCUCAAGAGGAACUACGCUCGGAUAGUUGCGCGGGAAAACGCUGCUAGACUCAGUGGCUACAGCUCCAGUCUCCGCGGACACUUCCGUAACUCGCAGGACUCUGACGCUGAAGACGGCGAGCAGGACGUGCAGGACAACGAGCAGCAGGACGUUCAUCUCCCGUACGCGACUGUUGGUAAAACAGACGCGGGUGUCGGCAAACGAGCAGCUUCACUUGUACAAGGAAGCUGCGAAAUCAGCGCCUCAGAGGAGAACGACAACGCGUGCUAUAGUGACACUGAUUGCUACGAGUACAUUGAAAACCUCAUUCCUCACCUGCCAGUUAAGCAUUCCCCAACCGUGGACCGGAGGAAACCCAUCCCUAAAACUCCCGGCGGAAAGCAGUCCCACAUUCGACCACUAUUGGUGGAGCCUAAGACCGAGGAGGCGAAGUCUUCCAAAUCUUGUAGGACUUCGAGCCGACAGAAUUUGGUGAACUAUAGUUCUUCCGUCGGGAGUCCAAACCUGUCUGGGGAAAAUUCAAAAAUUUUAGGUGCUGUUCCUCGUCCAUCCCGUGACCAAAAUCGUGAGUACACCCUCGACCAGAACCCUGAUCAAUCAACGGUCGAACCCUUGACAUCUAACGUCCAACGGUCGAACCCUCUGGACGUUCCUGAGUCACGCAAUGCGUCUGCUGCGAGGGCAGCGACCGAUGUUCUCGAUGAACCGACGACCACUGCAGGGAGAUCGACGGUAUCGGGAGGAUCUACGGUAGCCUUCCCCGCCACUGAGGACUGGAGCAACGAGAGCGACUACUGGAAACUGGAACGCGACUUGCCCUCGACGUCGCAGUCUGGCCUCACGCCCGCGUCGUCAAGAGUUGCUGGACGCCGGGACGGUAAGCAGCGCAGGCGGGACCAGGCGCGCCGCAAGACCCGCGCUGGGGACCAGGAGUUCCCGGGACCGCUGGCCCGGGACGCGCGGCUCAAGGAGUCAAAGUCUGAGUCUGAACUCCGGGACCCAGCGUGCUGGGACAACGGGCCCCUUAGACAUGAGAUCCGCCAGCUAGGGGCAGGUGCUCCUGCAGGAGGGGUUGGAGACAAUGCAACCCCAGCCUCUCCUUCGUCCAGCGCUGCUGAUGGCACCGUAUCCAGGAUACCGCCUCCAUCUGGCCGACUGCCACCAGCUGCUGCAGGUGGUGGCAGGGCUGGUGGAUCUGCAGCGGUGGUGGAUGUUGGUGGAAUAGAUGACCAGGGUAAAGACGGAAGAACGAAAGCUGGUGGCGGGCCGCCACCCACAGGCGAUGGAGGGCCGCCAUCCACCGGUGGUGGAGGAUUUGGUGGUGGAGUUACCACCCGCAAGCCAUCGUACCCACCUCCCCCCCUCCUCCACCACCACCACCACCACCAACCGCCCCUCCUCAAGACCGUCUCCAUCAUGGACACGCUCAGCGAACUCGCCGGGGUCACUAAAGACGCCAGGGCCCUGACUCAGGGUGCUCCCCCGCUGGUGUCGCCGCAGUUCCGCCACUCCGCCUGCGUCUAUGACGCCGUCACCGCCCCCGCCCCCACCCCCGAGCGGGGGCGCCGCACCCCCGAUUGGAUCAGGAACAUCCUGGACCUGGCGAAGCGAGGGGACCUGCUCGCCCUGCAACGCGCUACGUGCGACAUGGAGGGCGCGCUGCUGCGUAACCUGAGCGACGCGCGUGGCAACGGCCUGGUGCACGUGGCCGCGUGUCUGGGCCACGUGGCGUGCCUCGCGUGGCUGCUCACGGCGCUGCCCGCCACCUCGCGUGCCCUACACGACGAGAACAAGUUCGGCCACACGCCUGUCGUCUGCGCCGUCAAGUACGGUCAGCUGGAGGUGGUGGCGUGGCUGGUGCGCCACACGGCCGUACGUGAGCGCGUGCGCGGCAAGGAGGGCGAGCGCACGCUGCUGCACCUCGCGGCCAAAUACUCGCAGGAACAUAUGGUGCGGUGGCUGGUGGCGGAGAUGGCGGCGGCGGAGGUGCCGCUGGACGGGCGGGACCACCACGGCAACACGGCGCUGCAUCUGGCGGCCCGGUCUGGCAACUCGGGGGUCUGCUCCGUGUUGCUGCAACACGGUGCUGACCUCACGCUCAAGAACGACCUGGGCCAGAAGGCGUGGGAGGUGUGCGUGGUGCGUGGCCAUCCUGCGUGCGCCGAGUACCUCUGCGUGCACGAGGCUGGUGCGUGCCAUGUGGUGGCCAUGUGGCGGCCAUGUGGCGGACAUGUGGCGGCCAUGUGGUGGACUGGUCCAUGUGGUGGACUGGUCCAUGUGGUGGACUGGGCCAUGUGGUGGACUAGUCCAUGUGGUGGACUGGUCCAUGUNUCAGGGGUCAUGGGUGACCUCGGGGAGGUGCUGAGCGUAGGGCGGCGGCUGCUGAAGGAGCGGGAGGAGGUGGUGCGCGAGUUCUCCCGCCUGCAGGAGCAGAUGAGCGACACCGAGCACCUCGCCUCCGACGCCCUCGCCCUCCUGCUGCGUCAGGACGUCGCCCACGCCACGGAGCGUCUGCAGCAGGCUGUAGAGAGCGCGGCCAGCCUGCAGCAGCGCUGGCGCGCCCACCAGAAGCUCUGGUUCAGCUCCAGCCUCGUCGACCUCAAGCACAGAGGGAAAGUUCUGAGCGUGCGGGCACAAGGCGGAGAGGGCAAAUUAGGGGACCUUCCUUCUCUCUGCUCGUCUGAAGAAUCCAUCUGUGAAGACGUGUACCCCUUCAGUGACGAAGAAGGACUCUACGAGAAAUGCGACCUCCAACUCCAUCGUCGGGACAGGGACUCUUUUCCCUCAUCCCAAACUCGGGUGAAAGGGAACGACCUUCUCGCCAUGCACAAGCGAGAGGCCAGCUACUUCUCCACCACCGAACCUGAGCUCUCGCCUAUCAUGCCAGACUGUAGUGUGCCAGACAUGAAUAUUGGCAACAUGCGUGGCACGGAGAUGAGUAUUAGCCACAUGCCAAGCUCAGACAUGAGUAUUGGCAAUAUGCGCGGCGUUGCCAGCCCGAGCAACAGGUUUUCCUUUAGCCCAACCGGCGACAAUCGGGCAUUUUACGGAGCGCCGUUUUCGGCAAACCACAGACAGACUGGUGCCUCAUCCGUGGGAAUCGUUCAAUGUAAACCCGCUGGAAAUGUAGACAGCGAAAUUUCCAUUCGAAACAAAGAUGACACCGACUCAAUAGCGUCGCUUUAUGGAAAGAUUCCACGCAGAAUAGAUAAUGAAGAAAUGAUAGCUAGGCUGAGAGAACUUGCCAUCACAUCUGAGAACGGCUCUUGUUCUGUUUUAGAAGUUAUCGAACCUUCAAGUGACGAACAAGAAGAUUCGGAUGGACAGAACGAGAAUAAAAGUUACACUGAACCCAUCUAUGGAGCAAAGGAAGAUUUGAAGUCUAGAAUGUCACCGGAUCGGAGGGGUAAGCGUGUCUGCAAUAGCCGUUACGAACAGGGACUGGGUGGUUUAAACUCUGCAUCUGGAAACGUUAUAUCGGGUAAUGAAACUGCCACGUCAAUCGAGGGUGGUGUAGAUGCAAGGGACCUCAAUUGUUUCGCCAAUGCAGACUCUCUUCCAGUUCAAGCUCGUGUGCCACAACAGCUCAGUCUCAGUGGUCUGCGAGGUCCUGGCUUACCCAAGCAACGUCGACCUGAAGGAUCUCCCCAGCAACCACAGAUGACCCAUUUAGAGCUUGAGGCGUCCGUAGAAGCCGUUGUUACGGAUGCCUCUCAACCCUCCUAUCAACGGCACAAUGCUUCCACCGACGAACAGGACAUUUCACUUAAACGCAAAGGAUUUCUUCAAAAAUUUUCAAUUAAACCCAAAUGGCCGUCCAACAAAAGAAAAAUUUCGAAACCUGUAAUCAACAAGGAACUGAAAGACGAAAGCGAUCCUUGCAUCAGUGCGCCUGGAGACCCUGAAAAAUAUGACCUAUGUAAUGGAAGACCAACCGAAGCCACUGGCGCUGAUGACACGCCUGAGAGUGCAGUUCCUCCGCAGUCCCAUGAGCGCUAUGGGAAAGAUGGCGAUAAAAUGCUGAGAGCAACUGACGCUGUGAUUGACCUACCUACCGCACCCGAAGCUACCACCUCUUCUAGUCAAGAAAACAGUCAUAGUUCUUCGCACAAUUUCCCUGAAGAAUCUUUAAAUGAAAUGCCAAUGUUGGGGGCUCAAUUGAAGAGACGCAAAGAAGUUACUCCGUCUUUUAACAACAUGAAGUUCAAAAACCUUCCACAGACGUCGCCAACUUUAAAGACUAUGUUGAGUCUACCUCCACCGAGGGGAACUUUGCAUCUUGCCCGGGUUGAAGAGCUUGGUAUAGGAAGUGGAUCUCCACCACCCAUACCUCCAACUCGUCGUCCUCCACCUCCACCCAAUGCAAAUCUAAACCAUUCAACAAUAUCUCCUGCAUCAAGUCCUAAAAAGUUCAUUGAAAUUAUGAACCUUGAAGUACGAUCGGAAGUGGAUGAUGGCUCCUCAAACUCAGGGAUGGAAGUUCGACCGGAAUCAUCAGCCUCGAAGUGCGAAAUGUUGUCCAGACCAGGAUCGUCAAGUUCAAGUUUUCCAGCAUUCAUCAAAAGUGAUCAACUGCCCCUACAUGGUCUGCAGAAGGGAGCACUAUCGCUCACUCAUGACUUCCUCCCGUCAGCAGAGUUGAACACUGGGGGCCGGAUGUCCCCAGCCCCCAGUGAAGUCUCCAAGACAGAAUCUGCGUUGUCCCCGCCGUCCCAUGCCUCCGAUGUCUCGAAAAGCGAGUCAACUCGUAACUUGAGUGGCGGCAAAGCGAGCUCGAUGAGCAGCACAACAAGUGUCAGCAAUUGUGGUGCUGCCUGCGUGCACACAAAGGAGGGAACUGCAGGCGUCGUGGCGCCGCCCUCCGGUCACGAUGAAAUGCUGAUGUCCGUGUCUGAAGAAGCUUGCAUGUCGCGCGUCUCCCUGGCGGCUGAGUCGCCGCGGCGGAGAGAGAAGAGCGUCACUGCUAACGCCAGCUUGGAGGGAACGAACCUAAGAACGGAAAGCGCAGAUGACAGAAACGCAAAAAUUUGCGUCGACGCAACCCCUGGACCUCAAAAAUCAAGACAAGAUAAAACCGAUGCAAACGACGAAAUAUUCUACAAUAUUACCGAAACCUCGAACAAGAAGUGCAAUAAUGAACAACACCCUCCCACCGACACCCAACUCUUGCAAGACCCUAAACAGAACGUCGGUGAAGACGAGACCUCCAACAGCCCCGACCCCAUGUCCCGGGACCAAAGCUCGGGACCUGGGACAUCGAAGGCUCAGAAAGCCCCAGCCAAAGGCUCAGAGAAACCCUGGUAUGAACUCUCGGACGAGGAGUACGACAUCUUGCUGCCGGACUCCUUGACUAGCGCUGCUAAACUCAACAGACAUCAUCCCUCGUCCUCGGAGGAGGAUGGAUGUUGAGGUCUGGGUAGACCUUACUUGUGCGUGUUGCAGCUAUACACCUGGUGCGUGUUGCAGCUAUACACCUGGUGCGUGUUGCAGCUAUACACCUGGUGCGUGUUGCAGCUAUACACCUGGUGUGUGUUGCAGCUAUACACCUGGUGUGUGUUGCAGCUAUACAUCUGGUGCGUGUUGCAGCUAUACAUCUGGUGCGUGUUGCAGCUAAACGCUGUGUUAUGUACACAAAGUACACAUGUAACUUUAAAUUCUUCGCAUACACUGACACAAUACACACGACGAGAAACUUUUCUGGAGUGCCCAAAUGUUGACGCGUUUACAGCACUAGCUGAGUGCGGACGUAGCCUUGAUACGUCGAAGCAUCGCCAUGUAGACAUAAUCUCACACAUUUAUAUGAGCGCGAUUGCUGCAACUGUAACUAUACUGAACGCAGUAAAUGCUGCUCAAGUGUUUGUAUAAUUAAUAUGUCAAUUAUUAAUAUUAUUGUCAAUUUUUAAUGCCAAUUAAUAAUUUUUAUCGUUGUUAUUUUAAUAAUUCGAGCUCCUGUGAGGUGAACAUUGGACAGAUCAUUUACCAAUCCCUUAUGAUCCUAUGAAAAAUCCUUUACGAAAUAUCCUUCAAUAAAAUCCUAUAUAAAACUCCUUCACAAAUAAUCCUUCACAAAAAAUCGUUUACAAUAAAUCCUUUACAAACAGCUCGUUCCCAGCCUGCUUUGCUCAGUUUUCCCCAUAAUUUCUUAAUGUAUAAGCCUUGAUAAGGAUAACGCUGGCUCAUUAUGCCACCCAAUACACCAGGUUGGAUGACAACCGUUACUUUGUACAGCAAUUUUUGAUAGAAUUUGUAUGUUCAUCUUCAGUUUCUGCAUUGUUUGUCCCUGCUUAUCAUUAAAUAUUAUUGUUAUUACGCCUAUCAUUAAAUAUUAUUGUUAAUACUGUUAAGAUUAAUAUAAGCCUUCUUCCUGUACGAUAUUUAAUCGCAGUUCAAAUACUCGCCAUGAAAUAAAUAUGUUUAUUGCGAUGGACGAGUGCGUGGAACAUCAACUGUGACGCUGGGGGCAGCGAGGUGUUACUCCUCAGAGAAAUGUAUGGGCUAUAUUAUGGGCUAUAAAAUAUAUGGGCUAUGCAGGAGCAUAUGUUCAGUCUUGAAAUGCCCAGCAAAUUACGGACCA